GUUGGAGUGAUGCUGUUACGCUUUGCCCGACAAAAACACCAAUCUUUAAAAAAACUAAUAUGUAUUAUCGUGAAGCAGCAGGAAUAGACAAACUAGAAAACAAGACAUGUUUUCAAUCAGACAGUUUUAUAAUUCGCGGAGGAGUAUUAGGUCUAAAAUUAGAAAUAAAACGCAGAGAUACCCGUGGUGCUGGUGGUCGUGUUACUGUCACAGUGGUUCCGACGUUGUUAUACACCCGCACAAACAAACAGAAUCUACCGCUAAAAAGCAGUUAAACAAAAGAGCCAAAAGGGAAAGGUCUUCAUGUCAGGCAGUACUGGAGCAGUUUGACCAGCAGUACAGUCAGGAAUUAGGAGAGUUGUGGACAUCUGCUAGGGCAGUACUUCUGGAUCCUCAGUCCUGGCAGUAUGGCAUCAUGCUCAACCGCUUCGCUGCUGUGACAGAUAUCACACAGAUUCUCCAGUCACAGGGCUUUUCUAAGAUCCUGCUGCAAACAGAUGCCUCCUCAUUGCUUUGUGAUGCCCCUUUAUUAAAACAGCAUCCCUCUAAGCAGCCAGAAGAAAAUGUCUCUCCGUUGCUCUCCAAUUAUCCCCUUGAUAACUCUCAUCUCCAACUUGACAGAAACUCUGACACAGUCAAACAGUGCCUUCAAUCAGAAUCUUCCCUCAGUCAGCACAGUCCUUCGCUGCAGUGUUAUAUCCAUCCAUAUCCCCUGCGAUUUCCCUCACAGGCUCACAGGCCAGGUCACCUGAAGCAGUACUACCUCCUGAAUGCUGCCUCUCUCCUUCCAGUGCUGGCUUUGCAAGUCAAAGAUGGUGAGAACAUUUUGGAUCUUUGUUCUGCACCUGGGGGUAAAGCCAUAGCCAUAAUGCAAAGCUGUACUCCAGCACUUCUCUGCUGUAAUGAACCAGAUCCUCACAGACGAGACUGGCUGGCCAAAACCCUAGAGUCUUUUCUACCUCACUCAUUAAAGAGCAGAGUGAUUGUGUCUGCACUUGAUGGGCGGUGUUUUGGGCAGAGUGAAGCAUCUACAUAUGACAAGGUUCUAGUCGAUGCUCCAUGUUCUAAUGACAGGAGCUGGCUUUAUUCUACUAGUGGCCAGCAGGUGGAACAGAGAUUACGAGAAAGGGCCAGACUGCCAGCGCUCCAGGCUCAGCUGCUUAAGUCUGCAUUGUCAGCGGUGCGUCCAGGGGGUGUUGUGGUGUAUUCAACUUGCACCCUGUCCAGUUCUGAGAAUUACACUGUCAUUGAAACGGUGCUAAAAGACUGUCCUGAGGCUGAACCUGAAGACCUGUGGGAGGAGAUUGUUGUUCCCUUUUCAAAAUACUUCACAUUCAGUCGUGGUCCCUGCAGUCACGGACAGACUGCACACACACAGUUUGAUACAGUGUCCUCUUAUCAUCACAGACUUGGCAUUUUAGUGGUUCCUCAUCCUGGGAAAACUUGGGGACCCAUGUUUUUGUCUCGGAUUAGAAGACGAAUAUAAUGUCUGUUCUAUUUUUGGAGAAAUGAUACUUGAAUUCUAAUGUAAAUACAAGUUUCAACUGUAUAAGCAUGUUUUAAAUGCUACUUCAUGGAAGGUAGCUGUGCAGGUCUGUGAGUGUAGAAGGGCCUAAGUUCACAAACCUGCUCAUUUACAUUUAGCAGACUCUUCACAGUGCAAUCCUGUACCGCCUGUACUCUUGGAAAGGAGUGCAGUGGCAACAGUAGUGGUCCUGCUGUAGCUCGAAGUUAGAUCUCUCUUACAGUUUGCUGGUUUUAAUUGUAAAAUAGCAGCUUUAACACUCACACCUUUAACAGGUUGUGAAAACAUCUGUCAAAACUGCAGAAGCUGUUGCCAUGUCAGUGUCAUAUCUGCAGUUCAAGACAGUUGCUGAUGUUAAUGUUUGGAAAUUCUGGAAAGUGCACAUGAAAUUACAGGUACUGUAGUUAGAUGAUAUUGAAUGAGCCUCACAACCCAAUUAAUAGGGCAAAUUAUAUACCAUAUGAAAAUGUAGAAUAAAAAUUCCAGUGUUAUAAAGUUAUAAGAUGUUUGAUUUUAACAUUAAUAAUUAAUUGUAAUAUUAUCCUAUACUGACUGAUAAUAGUCUUUGUCUUUACGAGUAAAUACUCAGUGGUCAUCAGAGAAUGAAAGAUGACUUUACAAGAUUUAGCACCGCGGAACAGAACAAAUUGCAGGUCCAGUAAGAGUUAUUAAAUAAUUCUGCAUUCAUUUAAUAUUAAUUACACUCCUUUCUUAUAUCAUUACACUGGCUACCUGUACAUGUUAACUAUGCUUUUAAUAAUUAAUAUAAAAUCUGACUUGAACCAUCAUGCCCCCAGUCACUCCACAUGUACCUGCUAGAGCUCUACGUUCUCAAAAUGUUCUCAAAACGUUUCCUGACUAUUCCUAGAAUAAAUAAAACAUCACAUGGCACUAGUGGCAGGGCUUUCUCUUAUCCAGCUUCUCUUAGAUAGGAUUCUCUUAACAUUCAAGAGGCUAUAGUUCAGAUGAGUUCCACAGAACACAUCUACAGUCGCAUAAAAAAUUAUUAGACCAUCCCUUGUUUUCUUCAAUUUCUUGUUCAUUUUAAUGCCUGGUACAACGAAAGGUACAUUUGUUUAGACAAAUAUAAUAACAACAAAAAUAGCUCAUAAGAGUUUAAUUUAAGAGCUGAUAUGUAGCCAUUUUCCAUGGUUUUCUUGAUUAAAAUCACUUAACUUCUUAUAUCGUUAGCUAUGGCAUUGUACUGCCAAAAACAGUGCUUUUAGGCAUUCCAUGUUUUCUUUUCUGUCUGUUUUAGUCACACGAUACACACAGGAGUUAGUACUUUAUUGCAUAACCUUUGUUUUUGAUGACUUUUGAUGGUCUAAUAAUUUUUUUCUGCGAUUAUAUUCAUGACAGCCUUCUGUCAAAUCUAGUUCUGCCCAAAGUCCCAAACUGAUUAUCUAGCUUAUAUUUAGUCAAACUGGAUAAUGGUUUUACAUCGAUGUCCAGUGUUACACAUUUUCCUUCAUGUCUAUUUUCACUCAUCUGUGUUCAUGUAUAAAUGUUCCGGGCCUUUAUGUGCAGGUAUUUCCAUGAUAUUUUGCAUCCCGUUGCAUUGUUUAAAGUAUAUUUGUUUCUUAAUAUUUAACAUGUAUUUUAUUUCAAAUAUUUACAUUUAUAUUUCUGAUGGUCAUUAUUUUGUAAUACUAUGUACAGCUCUAGAAGACAUAUUUUGUGAUACUGGAUUAGACAUAUUAGACUUGGUUUGUUGAUUUCCUGAAUGUUUUCAAAAGGUACCGUGAGAUUUCUCUUGACUGAAAUGUUUAUUUUCUUGUUUGCUUGUUAAAAUGUAUAAAUGCCAUAAAACUAAUGCCAAUAUCUUCAGACCUGACGUACUCAUCACAAGCUACAAAUCUCUCUGAGAGAUGAGUUUAAUAAUAAUAUGCUAGAGAGUGUGAAGGCAGGAGCUGUAACAAACCUUCCCGUCUGUUGUAUCUAACACUACUUUCAUUCCUAAUACUCCGUUUUUGUCCUAAUCUAUAUUAAAACCAUUUGACUUAAUCCUUCAUCUGUGAUCACA